CAGGAAGUAGGGUUUCACGCUUGCGUACGACGUGGAAAGGAAAACGAACUUACCUUGGGAAAGGAUGAUUUGAUUGUUUUGAUUUUCUGUGAAAAGAUGUACACCUAGGUCAGAGAUCUGAUUAACACAUCAACAAGUGAUUGGUGCAUCUCAAUACAAGCUCCCACAACACAGUUGACAACAUGGGUGCCACAACCAGCAGUCUGGCCGACCUGGCCCAAAAUGAAUACCUGAUGAGGCUGUCCGGGCGGGACCCCAUCGACACUAUGGACCCUUUCUGGAACCAGCUACUCUCCUUCUCCUUCCUCAUCCCUGUCAACAGCUCAGAUUCCAAGCUCUUGGAGGAUUCCACUGAGAGGAUAUGCAGCAACUUUGCCAUCAACAACACACACACAGGCAAUUUCGGCGCCCUUGUCCACAAUUUCCUAGUGCGAGCUGCGGAGCUGAAGGCCUCUGCCCAGUGUGAGGACAACAUCUUCAUCUGGCAGACCUACAAUGCCCUCUUCAUCAUCCGAAGUUUCUGUAAAUACUUUGUGGAGCAUUUGAGUGAAGAGCUAGUGUUACAACAGUUUGACUGCAAGCCUCCAGGAGAGAAUGUUGACAGCAGCCUUGAAGGGGACAUCAACGAAGUGGAUCCAACAAUCGGGGAGCUGGCGGAGAAGCUCAUGUCAUCCCUGGUGGAGUUAUUGGUGGACGUCCCUGUCUUGAAUUUCACAUAUGCGUUGCACCUUGAAACACUGAACACAUUGCUGACGCUGCUGUCAAUACAGAUGUUCCAUGCACAGCCAGCCAGCAAGUUCACCCUGUACCGGUUCAUUAUGGAUGGAAGAUGUGCAAUCCACGCCCCCAUGCUGAUCAAGGCUCUGCUAUGGAACUAUAUCAACCAGGAGAAGUGUCCUUCCGAACUCUACAAGAGUAGCGCUGAUGGCGCCAAUACUUUCUACAACGUCACUGCUGCUGUUGCCUCUAGUCUGUGGUCCGUGGUGACACUCGGUAUGGGAAGCAGCCCAAAGAAAAAGGAAGAGGAGUUCUCGGAGACAUUGUUAGCCAAUCAGAGCCUUCUGUUCAUACUAGUGCUAGCCAAUCACUGCACCAGUGACUCCAGCUUGACCAACCCUUACAGAGAGGCUCUGUUUGCCUUCACAGACUCACAAGACACCUCGUCCAUGAACCCUGUGAUAGCCGGCCCUACGUUCAAGAUGGACUUAGGUCGUCUGUAUUCAACCCUGUGUUCCACGCUGAGAGACGACCAGACUACACUGUUGCUGUACCUUCUGAUACACCAGAAUAUGUCCAUGAAGGCGUUCAUCCUGUCCCGGACCAACAUAGACCAGCUGGUGAUGCCUCUACUUCACAUCCUCUACCAAGCCCAGGAGCGCAACUCACAUCACAUCUACAUGGCUCUCAUUAUACUGCUUGUACUUAGUGAAGAUGAAGUUUUCAACAAAGCAGUCCACGAAAUUAAUCUAAAGAAUAUCCUGUGGUUCAAGGAGCGACCACUGACAGAGAUCUCACUGGGAGGACUUCUCAUCCUUGUUGUGAUACGGACAGUCCAGUUCAACAUGACACGCAUGAGGGACAAGUACCUCCACACAAACUGCCUGGCAGCCCUGGCCAACAUGUCCUCCCAGUUUGCCAACCUACACCAGUUUGUGGCACAGAAGAUUGUCAGCCUGUUCGCCCAGCUGUGUAAGAAGCACAGUCGCCUGGUGGAGCAGAUCCGCCAAGUUGGGUCCGGGGAGGUGGAGCAGGGUGAUGAUGAGGACUCGGAGCAGAUCUUUAUGCAGGACAUGACAGCCCUGCAGGAAGUGAUCCGGAUGGUGCUGGAGAUCCUCAACUCCUGCCUCACAACCUCCCUCCACCACAACCCAAACCUCAUCUACACCCUCCUGUACAACCGCAACCUGUUUGAGCAGUUCCACACGCACCCAAUCUUCCAGGACAUAAUUCAGAACAUUGACACGGUGCUGUCUUUCUUCUCAUCAAGGCUGGAGCAGAAUGGGAAGAAUCUGUCCCCAGCAGAUGUCCUUGAGUCCAUCAAGGAAGGGGCGCUGCAGUUCCGCCGAGAUAGAUUGAAGAAGUUCCCCGAGCUGAAGUUCAAGUACGCGGAGGAGGACUCCGAGGAGUUCUUCAUCCCCUACAUCUGGUCCCUCGCCUACCACUCCUCCAACAUGUACUUCAACGCCACACGCAUCGUGCUCUUUUCCCUCUCCGCUAACACCGAGUCCUGAGUCCAGCGGCACUACGUCAGGGAACACCAUCCUCCUCCCCAGCGUCGUCGUGACAUCCCCUGUGAGAAGUCAUAUCUGAUAUGUCUCGCUCACACCCAUUCUAGAGUUACAUUUUGAAAUCUCAAUGUUACUGUGUAUUUAGAAUAUUUAGUGGGAUGUUAAAAUUACUCAAGGGCAAACAAAUGUAAGACUGCUUUAGAUGUUGAUGAAAGUUGUUUAUUGAAGAUGUUGGGGUUAUUAUCGUGGUCAUUAACUGACACGACUAUGGUAUCAGUCAAAGGUGACAGUCUUUGAAGGAUUGUUUGACUCACCAGCAAACCUUGCUGGAAUGUCCACAUCAGAUCUUGUAGGAGUGAGUGAGGUUUUACGUCGCUUUUAGCAAUAUUCCAGCAAUAUCACUGCGAAGGACACCAGAAAUGGGCUUCACACAUUGUACCCAUGUGGGGAAUCGAACCCAGGUCUUCGGUGUGACGAGCCAACGCUAUCACCACUAGGCUACCCUACCUACCCAGAUCCUGUAGGAAUACAACAAGCCACUGGGCACAAUAAAGAAACAUGACACUUACAUGACACAUGUAGGACAACGGCUAGUGUAAUUUUGUUUUGCUUGCAUUCAGUUUUGGUGUCAUUAAAGCCUGUGGUUGUUUCCUACAGGUUUCAUUGGGUAUAAUUUGCACAAGAAAAUACAAUUAGGCAUAUUUCUGCAAAAUGUGUAAUUAUGCAGACUUGAGUCUGCAACUUUUCCAUGAUCACAGAAUAACAUUCCUUCAAGGACUGACACCGUAUUAGCUGUGGAGGAUUCUGUGUAUGCUGUGCCUUGAAGGUCUCCAGACACUGUAAAAACUGGCAGUGAGGCUCCACGAACAAGAGUUGUGAAAUACUGGCAGUGUUGCAGAUGAUGUGGAUCUUGCAGUGGGGGGAUUCUGGCUUUAAAGGGACAGAACUUAGUUGUGGGAUUACUGAUGGUUGAUGUGGAGUCGAUUUGUAUGUGUUUGUUCUGAUGGUUUUAUCUGUUCAAGGGAGGUAACCAAGCUUGACUGUGGUUCACUUUUGUUUUUGACUGAGGUUUUAAGCUGCGCUGUUGACAUUGUUUUCUUUGUUUUGAAUUAUGGGGAGGGGAGCACAGUCACAAGUCUGACUAUUACCAGGAGAUUCCUUCUCUAGUCAGUGUCAUACCAAUACUGUGGAUUCCACCUAUGUCUGCUACACCUAAAACCAGCAUCACCUUAAGCUUUCCUUCAAUAUUAAGCGGACAUAUCAUGGGCGGAUCCAGAGGGAUCCCUGAGGAGCAUUUCCCCCUAACCUUUGGACGUUAUGAUUUAUGUGCACUACCACCACCACCCCACCACUACCACCACCACCCCCUCUUCUCCAAAUUCCUGGAUCCGCCCCUGCCUAUGUUAUUAUUGGAAGCAGCAUUAAAUCCAGUUCACAUAAAAUAAUAAGUCAGUCGGAAAUAUUAUUCAAUGCAAAAGUCGUUUAAUAUAUUCCGAGAGAAACAAAUAUAGGAUCACAGGAAAAUUCAAGCGUUCCUUUAAUAUUUUCCAGUUCUCAUCACCAGCUUUGAAUAGCACUGUGGGAGGAAAUCUGAGAAUAAAUAAAGGAACACUGUCAUGACGUGGUGUUCCCUUAUUUGUUUCCCUCAGUAUAUCAUGGUUACUUAGAAAUUCAAAAAUGUGGCUUCAUUUCCACAUAAGACAUAAGGUUUAAUGUUUGUUUUUUAUUGUGAUCUCAUGUUGUGUUCUGUUCCUUCAGUGAAUCUAUAAAACAUUCUCAGGAUGUCUCAGUCAAGUAAAGUACAAAUCUGGGAUAUUCAUUUGAAAAUCGAGACACCUUGUUUAUUGGACGUUAGUGCAUGUGUACUUACAAGAUGCAUGGUUCAGGGAUAAGGGCUGUCUUUAUAACAUUUGUCACAAUUGUCAACAAGCAUUUGUUAUCAUCAUCAUCAUCAUCAUCAUCAUCAUGUAUGUUUUACUUGUUAUCUGAACCCACAAGCCAUAUUUAAGGGUGUGACAUAAGGAAAAUUCAUCGGUUCAAAUUUAAGUCAAGACAUUCACUUUUAUUAAUAUUCUGAUAAUAUAUUUAGUUUCAUGAGUCGAAGAUUAAUAGUCUUGUCUGUUUAUGAGUGGAAUUCUGCAAAAAUAGGAUGUUAAUUACUGUAUAUUACCAUAGAUAAGCCGAUCUCAUCAAUAAGCCAAGGUCCUAACUUGACCCUUAAAAUCAGUAUCAAAAUGGUAUGUUCCAUAGAUAAGUCGACCCCAAACUUUUGCUCAUCCUUUCAUUGUGAUCAGUCUUCGGAAAUAGUGUAAAAAAAUCCAUAAUGAAUUAUGCAAGUUUAUCCUCCGAUAUUUAUAACAUCGGUUGACAUUAUUCACAACAAUCACUAUCAUAUUGCCUCCGCCGCCAUAUAGCUGGAAUAUUGCUGAGUGCGGCAUAAAACUAAACUCACUCACUCACUAUCAUAUUGUGUCUACUCACGCCUCAAAUGAAGUGUAGUUGACAGAAAAUGUUUAUGUAUGAAUAUUUUGUUUCGCUAAGAGUCAGACUGCUUACAGUAUUACUUUAUUUGAAUCCUCGCUAAAAUAUACAAUCUCACUUUUUAAUUUAAAGACAAUUUUAAUUAUUUAGACGGGGAAAAAAUCACUGGCCACCAGGACCGCUGCAAACUUAUCAUUAAGUGGUCCUGAUGAAUUUUUACUAGUCAGGGACCACAGGGCCAACGGAAAUUUCACACACUGCUGCUUUGUUAGCUCGGCUUAUCUACGGUAAUUCACGGUGAGCAUGUGUCAGUGUGUGUCAUUGGAGAUGUUGAGAGUGUUUUGCUGGGUCUAGGUCAGUUCAGUUCUUGUUUCCUCGCUGCAAUUCAGAAUGUUGUUUGGAAUGAAAUCUGGUCUAUAUUACAAUAGGCAUGCAUGAUGUGAUUCAAAUGUGGCGUGGAUGUUCAGAUGACACAGUAGUUGGUCUAUUUAUAGCAAUGAAUGUGAUAUGUAGCCAAACAGUUAUUUUUUGUACUGUACAUAAUUCCUUUGACAGCUUACUGAACAACACUGCAGACUUGUACAUAUUUCUAGCACCUCUAGAUGUUCUGACUUCAGCCGGACACAUAACACAGGCUGACAUGUGUCAUGGGUUACUCUCACUCAUGUGUCUGUGGUAGUAUACUGAGAGAAACAAAUAAAGGAACUCAGGAAAAUUCAAGUGUUCCUUCAAUAUGUUCCUGUUUUCAUCACCAGCUUUGAAUAGCACUGUGGGAGGAAAUCUGAGAAUAAAUAUAGGAACACUGCCAUGAAGUGGUGUUCCCUUAUUUGUUUCCCUCAGUAUAUGUCUCAGAAAUCAUCAGUUUUACUUGUUUUGUUUUGUACAUAUUGGUUGGAGAUUCAUAUUAUAUCAGAAUGAUCCCAGAUCAUGGGCCCUGUUUCACAAAGCUAUCGUAGCACUACGACUGCCGUAAGUCUAUGUUAUAGUAUAGGAGGUAAGACAGUCAUAGCGCUACGAUAGCUUUGUGAAACUUAGCCCUGGACAAUUAUCUAACGAUUAUUUACUAAUCAUCCAACAGUUCUGACAGUUGACUUUUGACACCAGGCUGUCAUGUAGAGCGAUGGGUGAUUGACAGGGAUGUGUGAUUGUACAUAGCAACAGGUGGUGUUACCAUGGUUACAUGCAUAUCUAUUGUAUAUAGUAUUGGUGUAUAUAUUUCUUAAAGAGCUGCUUAUUCUUCACCGUGGGCUGUUCUCUCAUACUUAUAUAAAGGGACAUAACUCUUUUUGUGUUUCUACCUGAUUCUGCAUUUUGUCGUAAGGUAUAUGAAGAGGGAUUUAGAUUAAGCAAGGAACAUAUGCUGAUAUAUUUGAAACGUUUGCUUCAACAAAGAUUGUAUGCUGUGUGGUUCAUUUUGCACAGUGGCAAUUUUCUACAGUUUUGUGGUAUUUUAUUACAAUUUGAUCAAGAUUUUAUGGUAUUCUGAACAUUGCAGGACUUCUUUGUCUGGGGUAGAACUGAGAUGUUCGGUCAAAGUUAUGUCAGGACUUGUUUGUUGAUGACGUACUGAGAUGAGACACUGCCAUGCUGUAAGGUUGUGCUGUUACCAGCUGUUGUUGUUACAGUGCCGUGUUAAAGUGUCUUUCUGUCCAGCUUAGGGUACAGGUUUUCUCAAGGGGGAUUUCUCUUUUUUCUCCAGCUCACCUUACAAUAAUAAUAAUAAUGAGAAUAUUGCACCUUUUCCAGGCUAAUUGUCCUGCUCAAAGUGCACAAUCUGAUCAUUAUUACCCCGGAUAACCCGAGCUGCUAGAAGGUUAAUAAUCUCACAACUUAUUUCACUGGGUACCCUUUUUUUGCUGGGUGAACAGAGGCAAUUUUAAACAAACUCACUUGCCUAAGGUGAGACCACAUGCAUCACAUGAGCUUCAUUCUGGGGCAGGACUAAAGUCAUGGAAACUCUCAGGAGUGAAGCUGCCAAACACGGUCACCCAUCCAAGUACUCUCCGCGCCCAGCGUUGCUUAACUUCACCUGAUUUGUGACCUGAGCGAGUAAGUUGAUGUUAUCUCCAUCAUGGCACCUGUUCAGUGGCAGUGGUGUAUGUAAACAUUAGUUCCUUCACUGGACCAAUGAGACUGUUCCAGAGAUUUGCCGAAUCCAACUAACUGGGACAGUCCUAGCAUUGAGAUCACUCAGAGGAACAAGUGCCUGCAUAGAUGGGAUAUGGUCCUGCCUUGUAUCAGUUUGGAGGUUACCCCUAACAAUUGUUGAGUCUGAUAAAGUGAGGGUCUUGUGAAUAUACUUUAGAAUAGACGUUACUUAUGUAUAAUUUCUUUCUGUGACUGAAACAAGAAUAUUUUAUUAAAAUAUUGCAUUUUAUGAAGUUUAUCUCAUAAUUAUUGUUGAAUGACAUGUACAUCAUGAAAGAUUGUAUUUAAAUGGUAUUUCGUACAUAAAACAAUAUAAACCGAAA